GACGGGUCCACUUACUUUGCCUUCUUACAAGAAACGUAGCUGUCCAUAUUCUAUGCUAUUUGAGUGUGUUAGAAAACUGUCGUGCUUCACUAGCGGUCACGGUCAAUGUGUGCUGUAUGUAGCUAACAUUAGUUUAGCUAACAUGAACUAGCGCUGUUAUACAAGUUAUGUCAAUCGAACAAGGAUAAAAUUAGACUUAAGUAAAUAGUGGUUCUGCCUUUCCCCCAAAACUAAGCAUGUUGGAAGAUGACUACUAGAUUGCUUGAAUCCUUCAAUGAAUUUGACAGAUAUUCUAAGGAAGUUCUAAAUAGACUUUCAAGGCGGAACAAGCUAAACCAUGGAGAGAAGUGCUCUACUAGCUUUGAUGAGCUUGGUGCAUCCUUUAGUGUUAGGCAUGACUGGGAAUUUGACCUGCCCUGCAACAGAAAAGCAUCCAAAUCAAAAUUAAACAUUGAAAUUAUAAAGGAGAAAAUCCCACCUCGUUAUAGACAAAGGAAAGCAAAGUGUGCUCCACCACCAUCUCACAAAGAGCCUAGGUCUGCUCAGAAAGCAGACUUAGUCUGUAGCAAGAUGUGCAUCUGUCCAUUCACAAGCACUGAGGAGUUGGCCCAAAGGACUGAUCACAAAGACAAGGAAGAGGAUUCAGAUGGCUUUGUGGUUGUAAGAUUAAAUAGACCACAGUCCCUUGUUUCUAGAAAAUAUGCGCCACACAGAACGAAGUGGUCAAGAGAGCUGGAGAGGUUAGUCCCCAUGGAUGUGCAUCGGAAAUACAACAGCAAAGCUCAGACCGGUGGAGCUUUAAAUAACACCAACAUCUCUCACUGGAGCUCCGGUUCAAACAGUGGUCGUGAGAGCCCAAUAAGUGCAUUCACAGAGGAAGAGAAUGUCCAUUUCACUUUGCCAGGUUCUGUUGGCAAAGUGGUGACUGCACAACUACCACAGGGCAAUAUUGUUCGGGUGACUACCAGCGGAAGACGGUCAGAGAACGCUAAUAAAGAACAUCUGCCCACAGAGGGAGAGCCUCUUACACAGUCACUGCCUCUAUGUCUUGAUGACGAGAUAGAGAGAAACCAUGCGAAAGUGCUGUCAGCUCAAGCUCCCACCACUUAUACAUCCAUGCCGAUUGUCAGUGAGACAUUCCCAGUAGUCUUUAAUACUGGGCAGCCACAAAACAAUCCUUUCAGCAGUACAGGCUUCCACACCCUGGAUCAUAGAACUCAUCUUUCCAGAAAUGGCACCCUCACAGAACAUAAUGACAUCAGGGGGAACAAAAUUCACGCAGCCAUCAUCCGCCUCACGGAAACCAUGCAGGAAAAGCAUGCGACUAGGCUUCGGCGCAGGCCUGCCACUAAAUGGAGCCUACAUGACUACCAGGAGCCAACAGUGGAUGCCAGGUCCAAGCACAUGGAGCGUGGGCUACAGAGCAUGGAUCUCAGGGUGCUGUCUGCAGAUGGGACCUUGGUGAUGUCCGAAGACCAGGACAGACUACAUGUGCCAAGCCCUGCCUCAAGCAGGAACACUCCCAUUCCCUUCCCCGGCCUCAAACAGUGGCCUGUCUCUUUUGCGCCGGUGGGCACAGUGCUUAAUGGAAUAAACCCCAAGAAAAACAGCUGCUGUUUUAUCGGAUCCCCUGAUGAUAAGAAACUACUGUACAGUAGAGGUAAGACCAAGGCCACCUUUCACGGACAUCCUAGACCUGAGGCUAUGACUUCAAACAAAACCUCAGUCUCAGUUCAACAGAAGAAGAAAAAGGGCUUUGUUUUCGUAUCAAAGCCAGUGAUACAUGAAAAGAGUGAUGCCGGUCCAUGCUAUUUCCAACACGGACUGCAGAAAAAGUUGUGGCACCCAGUUGCAGCUCAGCCUUUUCAUGAUGUUUCCAUGUCACCAGUGGCUGAUUUAGAGAGUGCUGAUUUAUUUGCAUCUAGACCAAAUGCGAGAGUCAACACACCAAAUUCAGGUUUCUUGGGUGAUCAGGAGAGCUCUGAAGGCACAGGGUCAAGAAACAAGCAUUACCAGGAGAUAAUAAGCAUACCCACUGCAGAGAUUGUGUAGUUUUUGAGUUUAAAAUAUACGUAUACAUUAUUGAAUGACUUUGUUCAAUAAAGUAUGGGUAAUAACA